CAAGCACAGAUUCCCCCCCCCCCCCAGCCGCUGCCCUUCGCCUUUCCCUCUGCAUCCCCCCGCUUGCGUUCCCCAUCCUCGUCUCUUUGUUCAUGCUUCGUCUCCUCUCCCCCGUGGGCCAGGGCCUCACCCCGGUGGGCCUGCAGUUGGCCCGGGCCACAGCUGCCUCUACUUUUUUGAGCUCCCCGAAUCGGCACCUGUCCACCUCCCCCCCCCCGGGUGGCCCCGAGUCGACCGGACUCGACUCCACGAAUGACCCAAAGACCCUCCAGCGAGGCGUCAAUCAUCUCAGGGAAAGCUUGCGAACCGGGGACUAUGAAGCCUUCCUGGCGACGCACUUUUUCCCGGCCCCCGCGUCGACCCAGAUUGCCUGGAUGGCCAUCCGCUGCCUCAGUCUCGAGGCCAGCCACAUCUCCUCGGCCGCCACGGACCCUCGCCUGGCGGAGAUCCGCUACGCCUACUGGCGCGAGGUCAUCGGGGCCAUCUAUGCCCGGGCGCCAAGCAAGGACACAGAUCCGGCCAAUAUUCCUGGCGGAGGGAUCUCCGCGCAGCAGCAUCCGAUUGCCGUCACCCUGCGGGCCUUCCAUCGCAGCGUGCGCCCCCUGUCUCGGCGCUGGCUCGCCCGUCUGGUGGAUGAACGGUCGAAGCGUCAUGCCGCCGGGCAUCGGGCUUUUGGCUCUCUGGAUGAGCUGGAGCGCUUUGGUGAAAACACCUCCGGCACAGUACUUAGCCUCUGUCUGCAGGCGGCUGGCCUGGGGGCUGGUGGCACCGAGGAGACUGGCUCUCUGGCCGAGCAUGCGGCCUCCCAUGUCGGCCAGGCGGCCGCCAUUGUCAAUGUCAUUCGGGCCAUGAGAAUCGACAAGGCUCAGGGCCGGCUUUUGCUGCCGGUGGAUCUGGUCAUGAAGCACAAUCUUCGCGAGGAGGCCAUCCUGCGAUUGGCCCCCGGGGCCAAAACCCCGACGGAGCUGUGUGACGCGGUCUUCGAGUUGGCCACACGCGCCAAUGAUCAUCUAAUCACCGCUCGGACCAUGGUCUAUGGUUCCUCCAAUGCUGCGGCCGCUGGAAACCCCUCCGCCGGAAAGACCUUCGGCCGGCGCAUGUUUGGCCUUCUGCCGGGGGCUCAUCUGCCCAGUGAUUCGGUGGCGGUUUUGGCCGGCGUGGCCAUUCCCCUGCAGCACUAUCUGGACACGCUGGCCCUGCCGGCUGUGCAGUUUGAUCCCUUCUGUGAUCGGGCAUCAGUCAUCCCAUCGGCCAAGCAUCCGAGCGUGCCGCUCCUGCUGAAGCUGGCCAAGCAUCGCUGGCUCAAAACCCAGUUCUAAAGGUCCCCUUGUCAUUGAAGAGACGCUGCACAUUGUAUGGAUGUGCAUGGGCAAGCUUUCAUGCAAAUAUUCCCCCCCCC